AUGUGCGAAAAUGGCUGUUGUUUCAGUUGGCAACAAACGGCCGCCAUCUCGAUUACGGAGCGCGUCUGCUCGGCGGUCUCUGUCGCCGCUUCGUGCAUCAUUAUUCUAACGUUCCUUGGGUCCAGAAACUUCCGGAGGCCGAUUAAUCGUCUCGUGUUUUAUGCGACUUUCGGGAAUUUUAUGACCAAUAUUGGCACUUUGAUUUCUGAAUCGGGUGUUGGUCAUGGUGCGAAUAGUGCGCUGUGUCAGUUCCAGGCUUUUAUAAUUCAAUGGUUCAUGCCCGCUGAUUCGUUAUGGGCUUUUGUUAUGGCUUGCAAUGUAUAUUUAGCCAUGUUCCAUCGUUAUAGAACCGACAAUUUGCGGCCGCUAGAGUGGAAGUACUUUCUCUUCUGUUACGGCCUGCCCUUUGUCCCCGCUCUUGUGCUUUUGUUUAUCGGGACCAAGUCCCAUGGCAGAGUAUACGGUCCCGCAGUCCAAUGGUGCUGGAUAUCGUUGGAGUGGGACUAUCUGCAAAUAGCUCUGUUCUACGGACCAGUAUGGCUUAUUAUCGGUUUGACUUUCUGUAUAUAUGCUCGCGUGGGCAUUUACAUUUUCAGGCAACACAAGCGGCUCCACAAAUACAUCGACACGGACACGACGCUUGGCAGCGAAAUGCCAGUCUUCUUGGAAGCGGAAACGAACGUCUCAUAUGGAGGACAUCCAUCAGUCCAACACCAGGAUCUAAACAGUGAUCAUACUCAUCCUUCUCUCGAGCACCCAACCAGGACUGGUGAUCCACAAGGCCUGGUGCUUUUCUUUUUAGCACUUCUCAUUACCUGGGUACCCUCAUCAGCCAACAGAGUCUACGCAUUAUCCAUGUCGAACCAGUAUCUCUUCGGUCUAACAUAUGCCUCCAGCUUUGUCUUACCGCUCCAGGGAUUCUGGAACACUGUCAUCUACAUCACUGUCUCCUGGCGAGUGUUUAAACUAGUCCCGUCUCAACUAUCGCGGCUGGAGACUCGUUCCCUUCCUACGCUUCUUGCUGGCAAGUGGCGGAGGAGGGUUUGGAAUACGACAUUUAUAAACAAUGUAAAGGAGAAACUAGGCUAUACAUGA